AUGGCGACGAACGGCACCAAAACGGAUGGACAAGUAACAGAACUUAACGAAGUGGCAACUAAUGACAAACCCAAGUCACUGGACGUGAAAGGGGAAAAGACGAAAAAGGAUCUUCCCGAAAGAGAAACAUGGGGAGGGAGAUUCGAUUUCCUUCUGUCCUGUGUAGGUUAUGCAAUUGGACUGGGCAACGUAUGGAGAUUUCCAUAUCUCUGUGGAAAAAACGGUGGAGGUAAACACGAUUUAAAAAAGUAAUAUAUAACCUACAUAUAACCUAACUAAUUUCACUCUUCAGUAGGCCUAAGUGCUUCGUCGAUUUCGAGCACCCUAAUUAUUAUGAAAAGUGAAUACCUCAAUGUCCCUUGUGUAAGAGCGCAGAUACGCAUUUUUCAUUUCCUAAUUUAAUAUGAUUCCAAUUAGCUUCCACAGUGGGCUGUAAGUAACAUUCCAUUGCUCAUGUCUUGUUUUAUUCUGCCAUUUAUAUUUGGUUUGAUUUACUUGUGUCAAUGCAGGAGCCUUCUUGAUCCCCUAUUUUUUGACACUCAUAUUUGCUGGGAUGCCCCUGUUCCUGCUGGAGACCGCUCUUGGUCAGUACACCUCAAUUGGUGGGCUUGGCGUCUGGAAACUGGCUCCUGUGUUCAAAGGUAUGCAUUCUACUCAUGCAAUGCUCUUACUUUAUGUCUAAAAGCAUUUUUUUUGUAUCAAAUCAAAUUCCUAGUAGUCAGGUGGCCCCUUGUGCACCUAUCUUUAUUGUAUGGUAAUUAUGGCCAUCAUGAUCAUCAACAACAAAAGAUACAAAGUGUUCUUCUGUAAGUCUCUGUGAAUAUGCUGGAGCGUUAGGAGCAUGCACAAAAAAUGUCAUCAAUUUCCAUCUCAUAGGUGUUGGCCUUGCAGCAGCUGUCCUGGCCUUCUGGCUUAACAUUUAUUACAUUGUCAUCAUUGCCUGGGCCAUUUACUAUCUCUACAACUCCUUUACCACUGUAAGUACCACACCUUUACCUCCUACAAACCACAUGGGGAUGAGACAAACACGGGUUCCAGCUUUGCUCUCUGCUCUCUGAGGAUUGUAACAUGCUUGUUGAUGCCAUGUGAGAUCUCUCAUUGUGUCAAGGAGGAAAGCAUACAUUAUGCUUCAGUUUUUCUACGUUAUCUUUCUGUUUUUCAGGAACUUCCAUGGAGCUCAUGUGGCAAUCCAUGGAACACAGAAAAGUGUUACUCAAACUACAGUAUAGUUGAUAACACCAAUCUUACCAGUGCAGUGAUGGAGUUUUGGGAGUAAGACAUUGACUGCUUGUUUUGUUUUUUGUUGCUUCAGCACAGCAUUACAGUACCCUGCAUGACUGCUUGAGAAGUAUAAAAGGAAAUUCCCUUUGCUGCAAAGCAUUCUCCCAGUCUGUAUAAUAGUCUUAUUGUUACUCGUUCUGAUCUUAUAGGCGCAACAUGCAUCAAAUGACCGAUGGCUUGGAAAAACCAGGGCAGAUCCGAGCACCACUGGCAAUAACACUGGCCAUCGCUUGGGUCCUAGUGUACUUCUGUAUCUGGAAAGGGGUGAGCUGGACUGGCAAGGUAAGAGAUUGGUUUCUCAUGGCAGAUUUAGGUAAAUGGAAAAGCUCUCUGUCAUCCAAUGUGUGACAGUGAUGCAAUAUUAAUCGUUGUCAUAUCACCUUCAUCAAUCAUUUAUAUUGCACUAACUAUUGCCCAGAUAGACUUUUAGAAUGAGAGGAGAGACAUCAAACCCUCAUGUUCAGUAAUCAUAUUCAGGCUCAUGGGGCCUUCUCUAAUUCCAAUUCUCCUGAUACAGAAUUGGGGGGAAAUUUGAUGAUGAUGAGGAGGAGCGAACAAGCCCUCUAAAAUCUGUUUUUUUCCCCCCUCCUCUCCCCUUCAGUUGGAACAAUGUUACCCCCUGGUGUUGCUACGUUUUGGAAAUCUAAUGUGUCAUGUGACCAUAGAAAAUUAAACUAGUUGUGGUCAUAAAACGCAACACCCCCCUCCCCCCACACCCUGCGUUUUUUGCUUUCAAAUCUCAUAUGGGGUAUAAUAAAAGCAUAGUGAGACGGCGUCUAAUUAAAUUGUUUCUGUUCUCUGUGCGAGAGAUUGGAGGACAAUACAUCCAUUGGUUUUCCUCUCUAAUGAAAAGGCCUUUGUUUAAGUAGAGACUGAAUUGCAAAUGCGUUAAUUCGUAUAGCUCAUCUGCACCUAACAGUGUUAACAUGCAUUCAUUUCCUGCUGAUGUUGACUCAUUUAUUUCAUUUUCUAGGUUGUGUACUUCUCAGCCACGUACCCCUAUUUCAUGCUUUUCAUUCUGUUCUGCCGUGGAGUGACUCUACCUGGUGCUAUGGAUGGAAUUCUCUUCUAUAUCACCCCUAACUUUGAAAAACUAAAAGAAUCUGAGGUAAUGAAUGAACUUAUCAUUAUAUGUAAGAUAAAUACCUGUAUGGGAGUCAUUCAUUUUUCAGCCUCCUUUGUCAAACGGCUAAAUGGUUCUCUCCCUUUGUCAGGUAUGGCUGGAUGCUGCCACUCAGAUAUUUUUCUCCUACGGUUUGGGACUGGGCUCACUGAUAGCUCUUGGCAGCUAUAACCCUUUUAAUAAUAAUGUUUACAGGUAAGAUGGAGGUAGGCUUCUAUUAAAUGGAAAGAUAAUGUAUCAGACAAGACCUGAAAAUGCAACCAUUAGACCAGUAUACCUUAACAGUAAAUGUGACUGUAAAGUGGACCUUUCUAUCAGCCAUGUACAAUGAGAAGCCUAAAUCAACGUUAUAACAAUCGAUAAAGUAUACUGAACAAAAAUAUAAACGCAACAUGCAACAAUUUCAACUAUUUUACUGAGUUACAGUUCAUUUAAGGAAAUCAGUCAAAUUGAAAUAAAUUCAUUAGGCCCUAAUCUAUGGAUUUCACAUGACUGGGCAGGGGCACAGCCUUAGGUGGGCCUGGGAGGGCAUAUGCCCACCCAAUCAAAAAAAAAACAUUCCCACAAAAGGGCGGCUUGGAGGCGGCUUAUGGUAGACAAAUUAACAUUCAAUUAUCUGGCAACAGCUCUGGUGGACAUUCCUGCAGUCAGCAUGCCAAUUGCACGCUCCCUCAAAACAUGAGACAUCUGUGGCAUUGUGUUGUGUGACAAAACUGCACAUUGUAGAGUGGCCUUUUAUUGUCCCCAGCACAAGAUGUAAUGAUCAUGCGGUUUAAUCAGCUUCUUGAUAUGUCACACCUGUCAGGUGGAUGGAUUAUCUUGGCAAAGGAAAAAUACUCACUAACACUUUACAUGUUGCGUUUAUAUUUUUGUUCAGUAUAUUAUGAUUCAGUCUGAUAUGGGGUCCUUCAUAUGGCUUUGGAUGUGGAUAGCAUACAUCAAAUGAACAACAAUUUCACAACCUCUUCCCCAAACAGCACAUCCAUGGUUCUAGGUCACACAAAUUGUUCAUCAGUUAUAUAAUGAUACAGUCUCAACUUGCGUUUAUUUCAAUUGACUUGUUGUUUAUUAGCGACCCAAUAUUAUUUAGCUACAGGCCACACUUUAUAUCAUGCAAUUAGGUUUGUAAAUAAGGAUUGAUUUUGGAAAACUCUUCUUUGCAAAUAGGGGCUUGGCAUCCAUUACAAAUGGACAUUGCGUUAUUUAAUAUUUAGGUAUUACUGUGAUAUUAAGCUUAUUUGGAAAAAAUAACAUUGUUCCCCAUUGGAAUGUUAUACAAAAAGCAAAUUGCAUAUUUUUUACAAUCUGAUUGCACACCUUAUGUGGCCAAUAUAAAUAUGUUAUUAAGCAGGGAUAUGUUUUCCACUCAGCAAUAAUAAGGAAUAAGCUCUCUCUCCUGAGAAGGGCCUUUUUAGGAAUCCAUGAUGAUGUUACAGAAGAGAUGACAGAUCACCUUAAGCUGUGACAACAGGACGUUUUCAUGUUUCUUUCCCCCAGAGACUCUAUCAUAGUGUGCUGCAUCAACUCCUUCACCAGCAUGUUUGCGGGCCUUGUCAUCUUCUCUAUUGUGGGCUUCAUGGCGAAUGUGACUAACAGGCCCAUACAAGAAGUCGCAGCUUCAGGUAAACUCAAUGCACCCUCAGAGCACAAUAGGGGAGUAAUGCUGUCUAUUCUGACUCCUGCUCACUGCUUCAAUCAACACAGAGAAAUGCAGCUUGGAGAACUGUGAGCUAAUGUGUUGUGUUGUGUGUUUGGUAUGCAGGUCCAGGCCUGGCUUUUCUGGCGUACCCUGAGGCUGUGACCCAGCUGCCUAUUUCUCCUCUCUGGGCUAUCCUGUUCUUCUCAAUGCUGCUGAUGCUGGGGAUUGACAGUCAGGUAAGGCUGUUUUCAGUGACUGCUCCCAGAUCUGUUGGCGCUUCAGCCCAAUCCUCUCACUAUUGUUGUCAUGCCAUGUCAGGGGAGUUGGCUAAAACACCUACAGAUCUGGGACCAGGCUACUUAGGUUCUGAUCUAAAUGUGUAAGCACAGGUAUGUAUGACACUGGUUUUCUCUGGUCUCUCCACAUGAGAAGCAAACAGGGCUAAUUUCAAUUUUUUCCUAGUGGACAGAUAUAUUGUAGCUGAGCCUUGACUUUUACUGUCAACUCCUUUUAAUGCAACUAUAUCACCUCUCUCUCUGCCCCCGGGUGCUCUGUUCUCAUGCUUUCACCUUGUGUAUGAUAUUUUGGUAGCCUAACUCUAAGGCCACUGAGUCUGCUAGCAAUUAUACUAAAUGCUGCUACUCCCGUUUACACAAAACAGAUAAAUCACAACAUUACACACUUGUGCUCUGACUAUAUUUGUGACUAACCUUUAUUUUUAUAUCGAAUGGAUUUGUAAAUGUUUGUACAUACAGCAAGAUAAAUGGCUAUUUUACAUGUUAAAGUUAUAUUUUCAAGGUGGCUGCCAAAAUGGGGUUGCUAGUGCUUAGAAACUAAUCAAAAUACACUAUAUAUACAAAGGUAUGUGGACACCCUUUCCAAUUAGUGGAUUCGGCUGUUUCAGCCACACCCGUUGCUGACAGGUGUAUAAAAUCGAGCACACAGCCAUGCAACGUCAGCACAAUAACUGUUUGUCGGGAGCUUCAUGAAAUGGGUUUCCAUGGCCAAGCAGCCGCACACAAGCCUAAGAUCACCAUGCACAAUGCCAAGCGUCGGCUGGAGUGGUGUAAGGCUUGCCGCCAUUGGACUUUGGAGCAGUGGAAACGCGUUCUCUGGAGUCAUGAAUCACAAUUUGGCAGUCUGACAGACAAAUCUGGGUUUGGCGGAUGCCAGGAGAACACGACCUGCCCGAAUGCAUAGUGCCAACUGUAAAGUUUGGUGGAGGAGGAAUAAUGGUGUGGGGCUGUUUUUCAUGUUUCAGGCUAGGCCCCUUAGUUCCAGUGAAGGGAAAUCUUAACGCUACAGCAUACAAUUACCUUCUAGACGAUUGUGUGCUUCCAAAUUUGUGGCAAAAGUUUGGGGAAGGCCCUUUCCUGUUUCAGCAUUACAAUGCCCCCUGUGCAAAAAGCGAUGUCCAUACAGAAAUGGUUUGUCGAGAUCGGUGUGGAAGAACUUGACUGGCCUGCACAGAGCCCUGACCUUAACCCCAUCGAACACCUUUGGGAUGAAUUGGAACACCGACUGCGAGCCAGGCCUAAUAGCCCAACAUCAGUGCCAGACCUCACUAAUGCUCUUGUGGCUGAAUGGAAGCAAGUCCACGCAGCAAUGUUCCAACAUCUGGUGGAAAGCCUUCCCAGAAGAGUGGAGGCUGUUAUAGCAGCAAAGGGGGAACCAACUCCAUAUUAAUGCCCAUGAUUUUGGAAUGAGAUGUUCAAUGAUCAGGUGUACACAUACUUUUGGUCAUGUAGUGUAUAUACAGUACAGUGCAUUCGGAAAGUAUUCAGACCCCUUCACUUUUUCCACAUUUUGUUACGUUACAGCCUAAUUCUAAUACAGCCUUAUACACAAUACCCCAUAAUGACAAAGCGAAAACAGGUUUUUAUUUUCUUGUGCAGAUGUAUUCAAAAUAAAAACAGAAAUACCUUAUUUACAUAAGUAUUCAGACCCUUUGCUAUGAGAUUCGAAAUUGAGCUCAGGUGGAAUUCUGUUUCCAUUGAUCAUCCUUGAGAUGUUUCUACAACUUGAUUGUAGUCCACCUGUGGUAAAUUCAAUUGAUUGGACAUGAUUUGGAAAGGCACACACAUGUCUCUAUAAGAAUUGUCCGUAGAGCUCCGAGACAGAAUUGUGUCGAGGCACAGAUCUGGGGAAGGGUACCAAAAAAUGUCUGCAACAUUGAAGGUCCCCAAGAACAGUGGCCUCCAUCAUUCUUAAAUGGAAGAAGUUUGGAACCACCAAGACUCUUCCUAGAGCUGGCCGCCCGGCCAAACUGAGCAAUUGGGGUAGAAGGGCCUUGCUCAGGGAGGUGACCAAGAACCCGAUGGUCACUCUGACAGACCUCCAGAGUUCCUCUGUGGAGAUGAGAGAACCUUCCAGAAGGACAACCAUCUAUGCAGCAUGCCACCAAUCAGGCCUUUAUGGUAGAGUGGCCAUACGGAAGCCACUCCUCAGUAAAAGGCACAUGACAGCCCGCUUGGAUUUUGCCAAGAGGCACCUAAGGACUCUCAGACCAUGAGAAACAAGAUUCUCUGGUCUGAUGAAACCAAGAUUGAACUCUUUGGCCUGAAUGCCAAGCGUCACGUCUGGAGGAAACCUGGCACCAUCCCUAUGGUGAAGCAUGGUGGUGGCAGCAUCAUGCUGUGGGGAUGUUUUUCAACGGCAGGGACUGGGAGACUAAUAAAUAUAGAGGGAAAGAUAAACAGAGCAAAGUACAGAGAGAUCCUUGAUGAAAACCUGCUCCAGGAUGCUCAGGACCUCAGACUGGGACGAAGGUUCACCUUCCAACAGGACAACGACCCUAAGCACACAGCCAAGACAACACAGGAGUGGCUUCGGGACAAGUCUCUGAAUGUCCUUGAGUGGCCCAGCCAGAGCCCGGACUUGAACCCGAUCGAACUUCUCUGGAGAGACCUGAAAAUAGCUGUGCAGCGACGCUCCCCAUCAAACCUGAUAGAGCUUGAGAUGAUCUGUGGAGAAGAAUGGGAGAAACUCCCCAAAUACAGGUGUGCCAAGCUUGUAGCGUCAUACCCAAGAAUACUCGAGGCUGUAAUCGCUGCCUAAGGUGCUUCAACAAAGUAGUGAGUAAAGGGUCUGAAUACUUACGUAAAUGUGAUUUCUCUGUUUAUUUUAUUUUAUAAAUUAGCACAAAAAAAAGAAGUUUUUGUUCUGUCAUUAUGGGGUAUUGUGUGCAGAUUGAUAAGGGGAAAAAACUAUUUAAUCCCUUUUAGAAUAUGGCUGUAACGUGACAAAAUGUGGAAAAAGUGAAGGGGUCUUAAUACUUUCCGAAUGCACUGUAUAUAUAUUUAUACAAAAUCUAAAUAAAAUAUAUAUAUACUUUUUUUACCAUUUAUUUAGGUAGUUCUGGAUAAUAUGUAGGUUAUUACAAUCUAUUGCUUUCCAUGAUCUGAAUUAAUUCAAUAUAAUCCAUCAAUAUCCAUAAUCUUGGUCAUUAGUUACAACUGUUACAUGGUUAUCAUACUACUACAUGAACCACCAUGUUAUAAAUAAACAAAUGUAUAUUUGCCCAUUCAGUAAAAUGAAUGUACAACAGGGAUACUAUCCUUCUAGGGAUCCAUGUCCCAGUAAUAUACAAUUGCACUUUUCUGGUCCUUUGAAGUUUUUUCUUUAUACAAAUAACAAUUUAACAAAUUAUGCAGUUGAUAAAAAUGCAUUUAUUGUGAAAAUAUUACAAAUAGGAACAACAGUAUCAAUUAUAGAAGAAACAUUAAGUGUUGCCUUGCAUAGAUACUAAGGAAAGUACUGUAAAUAUCUCCCCUUUUUAACUGAGCGGCCCCCAUUUUGUGUGUGUAGUUCUGCACAGUGGAGGGCUUUAUAACAGCUCUGGUGGAUGAGUUUCCCAGGGCACUGAGGGGCAGGAGAGAGCUCUUUAUCGCUGCUGUCUGCCUGGUCUCCUACUUGAUCGGCCUGUCCAACAUCACACAGGUAUAGCACACCCAGCUCUCGCUCGCUCUCUCUCUCUCUCUCUCUCUCUCUCUCUCUCUCUCUCUCUCUCUCUCUCUCUCUCUCUCUCUCUCUCUCUCUCUCUCUCUCUCUCUCUCUCUCUCUCUCUCUCUCUCUCUCUCUCUCUCUCUCUCUCUCUCUCUCUCUCUCUCUCACGUCACUGUGUCAAUUCCACUAAUGUCAAUGACCAACCAUCAAGUUAACCUCCAAGCUCAAUGAUACAGUAUUUGAUAAAACAUUGGAAUUACAUUGGAUAGCACUAUCGCUGUUUAAUUUAAUUUAUAUAAAAAAAGAUUUGUUUAGAGUAGACCAUUCUGUUUGUUUGAUUACACAUGCUGUUGAAAUCAGAUCCCAACACUCAUCUUUCCAUCUGAGAUGAGGACAUUGAUAUAAUGUGGAGACCACAGACCACUGCAUAUGGGUUCUUAUCAUAGUGUGACUCAUCCAUCUGUGUUGUGUCACUAGGGAGGCCUGUACGUGUUCAAGCUCUUCGACUACUACUCUGCCAGUGGGAUGUGUCUGCUCUUCCUGGUCUUCUUCGAGUGCAUCUCCAUAUCCUGGUUCUAUGGUAGGUAGAGUCUCUAGGCAACAUCAAAUACACACACUAAGCUACAUUAUUACAGUGAACAGUAUACAUCAGAAACACCCUUUUUCAACAUGACAAAAUGACUUGUAACAGUGAUGUAUGCUCAGGCAAGUUUGUGAAAAAGCAAUUAAAGCGUUCUUUCUCUGUUCCUAAAAUGAGGUGAUGAACAAUGAAUGAACUAGACGGUCUAGGUAAAUUUGAAAGUUGAAUGAUAGAAUAACCUCCCACCUGUCCAAAGACAUUAGUCCAGCUUCAACCCCUGUUUACCCUUAGGGACAUCAUCUCUGCUCACGUGUCCUACACUACACCACCUCUCCUCCCUCAUCACAAUUCAUGGCAGACUAGCGGUAAAUUGGAAGAAAUUGAAUUUGAAUACUUUGAUCAUGCAUUCAUUUGUCUCGCAGGUGUGAACAAGUUCUAUGACAACAUCCAGGAGAUGAUUGGCUACAAGCCCUGUAUAUGGUGGAAGCUGUGCUGGGUCUGUUUCACCCCUCUCAUUGUGGCCGUAAGUAGUACACCAUACACAUCCAAUACAACAUCAUGACAUGAAAAAUGAAAAGAACAAAUAACAUUAAUAGUGAUAAUAGGGACCACAAUGGAAAUAAAUCCCUGACUUUAUUGUGCAAUCCAGGUCACGUUUAAAGAAAGCCUUGUACUGUGUAUAUAUGUAUUAUUUUUUAUGUCAAAUAAAAUCAAUCAAUCAGUCACUGACCUGCCUCAAGCAAUUCUGAGACAGAGACAGAAAGUGCCUGAGAAGCGGUGGUGUCAGGAUUAAUUAGGAUCGUACCAUGUCUCCCACAGGGGGUGUUCCUGUUCAGUGCAGUCCAAAUGGUUCCUCUCACCUUGAACAACUAUGUGUUCCCCGCCUGGGGCCAGGGAGUGGGCUGGCUCAUGGCUCUGUCCUCCAUGGUCCUCAUUCCUGGUUACAUGGUCUACAUGUAUCUCGGACUCAAGGGCACCUGGAAAGAGGUAAGUAACAUGGCGACAUAAUGGAUAUUCAAUGCAAUUUGGUGAUGAUUGAUAUGUAACCAUAAUGGUUAAAAAAAAUGUGUUUAAGAACUAGUAAAAAAUAUAAUUUCAGUCAGGUUCUCCUCUCUGGACAUGUUGGAGAUGCACUCAUUGUGUUACUUAAUUAACUGUUUUGUUGUGAAUUUUUAUCAGCGCCUGCAGAUAAUGUUUCAGCCUCCUGCAGUGGUCCGACGGCCACAGGAGAAUGGGCCUGAGACAGUGGUUACGGAGACCAACAUAGCUAGUCCUUCUAACCCGGCCAACCCAGAUAGCCCUGCCAACCCAGAUAGUCCUGCCAUCCCGGCUAGUCCUGCCAACCCAACUGCUACAAGCCCGGUUUCUGCAGCCCCGGCCAGCCCAACACCUCCAGCCAUUCCAGCUACUCUGGCUAGCCCUGUGAACCCAACCAGUCCGACCGUCCCAACCGUCCCUACCGUCCCUAUCAUUCCAGCCAACCCAACCAGCCCUACCAGCCCACCACCCAAUCCAGUUAGCCCAAUGCCAACGGAGCCAGCCAUCACACCACCCAACAUAGCGAGCUCAACCAACUUAACCAACCUUACCAACCUAACCAACGCAGAGGCCAAUGUCUAG